ACGAGCUAACGUGUUUCAAUCUGUCCGCGGUGAUAUCCGAGAGGCCGGAUCCGAGCCCUUAUCGAGAGUGCAUUGCGCAAACUACGCACGUUUUUUUUAUUUUUAUCCGACGACGUUGCGAUUCGUCGAGGACAGCAAAUCCGAGAAAAAAAUAAAUAAAAAUAUGUGUAUAUAUAUGUAUACGGAUACGUACGUACGUAUGUAUGUAUAGACUGGACGAUGAGAAAUGAGAUAUGAAAAAUUAGAAGCUUGAAAAAGGUUUUCAAUCGAGCGAAACGCAGAGCGGUUUUUUCCAAACCGAAAAACUUACGCGUUACACAUGCGGGGAGAGUUUCGAAUUUUUGACGCUCCGAGAUCUCAACGUGCGGGAAUAAUUGAUCGUCGUUUGGAGGAAUUAUGGGAGCGAUUAAUGUUUGUUAUAACGAUUCGUUUGGCACGGAGACGCGGAAUGUUUGAUUAACUUUGACGAGAGUAGAAAUGCAGAUAUAACGCACAAACGGUGCUGCGUACCUGCUAGCUGCAACAACUGCGCAGUGCGAUAAAUUUCAUUAAUUGUAACGACAAAAAGCUGUUCGCUACAAGUCGACGGGACAAUUAACUACAGAUUGUAUUUAAUGUACACAGUAAGUGUAUAAAUCGUCUGAUAAUCAGACGUUACAGUGUGUUGUUGAAGUUUUUCAAGUUUUAACGACCUAUGCAUACACGCAAGUGAAACAAAAGUAUCGAACGUGAACUUUCCGCAGUGAGGAUCGAGAGCUGCCGGGAGAAUCGCUGGGGUUCGGGAAAAACGAGCCGAUAAACAAUAAUAAAAUAGCCCAGGGAAUGCCCGGCAAUUCGGUUAAAGCCGGCCUUAUUACCGAUGCGAGCGGCCCGAUUUCCUCGGCGACGUCGCGCUGAUAGAAUGAUGAAAUGAUCAAAUAAGAUCCGGCGCGUCGGGCGAUUCCUCGUCGUUAGAUCGGAAGAGGGUUUUACAAAAAUCGGAAGACUCGGAGAGAGCUUCGAGGAACUUGGACGAUAUUGCGAUUUCUAAAAGCGACGAUCGUGCAGUGAGUGAUCGACCGAUUUCACCGACUGAUCUGUGCGACGUGAAUACAAAUUGUGAUCAAGUGGAAGGAGGAUAGGAGAGUCAAGUGCAGUGUCAUCCAGUGGUUGCUUCGUUCCAGGGAGGGAAAAAAGGCGUCGGAAGGAGCGAUGGGGGGAAGAGGCGCCGAUCGCGUCGGGACGCCGCUUUUUGUCGCCGUCUCGACGAUCGCCUUCCUCGUUGCGCUUCGGCCCUGCCACGCGACGAUAACCAAUCAGGAAAUCGUUGCGAUGAGCGAAGCUCAGGCCGUAGCUGGAGGAGUAGCGCAGCUGCCGUGUGACGUCGAGCCUCCGAUCAACGGUGACAGACUCUAUCUGGUCAUCUGGUACAAAGAAGAAUCCAACAAUCCGAUAUACAGCUUCGAUUGUCGGGGUCACGGCAACGUGCAGCACGCCACGCACUGGUCUGAUUCCAGUAUCGGAAACAGAGCCUUCUUUAAGCAGUCCGACAAGCCCGCUAAACUGAACCUCGAAUCCGUAACCGAGAAGGAUAAUGGACUCUACAGAUGCAGGGUUGACUUCAAGCAGUCGCCGACCAGAAACAGCAAGGUCAACUUGACCGUCAUCAUUCCCCCCGAAAGGCUGAGCAUACUGGACGAAGACGGGAUCGCUCACAUCCAGAAUUACAUUCUGGGUCCCUACAGCGAGGGUGCCUCCGUCAACAUUACAUGCGUCGCGACAGGGGGGCGACCCCAACCCCGAGUAACUUGGUGGGACGAGAGCGUUCUGCUGGACGAGAGUUUCGAAGCUGUGGGAAAUCGGAGUGUGCGGAAUGUGCUGCGAUUGGAGAAGUUGGAACGGAAACACCUUUCCACAACGCUCACUUGUCAGGCUUCCAACAAUAACAUGGUCACACCGAUCGUUGGGACUGUAACUUUGAACAUGAAUCUUAAACCAUUGUGGGUGCGACUCCAGGGUGAAAACCGACCGCUCAGUGCCGGUACCACUUACGAAAUUGAAUGCGAAGUUGUCGGAGCUAGACCGACACCCGACGUCAUAUGGUCGAAGGGAAACAUACCGCUGAAGAACACCAGGCUGACGGUCAGUCCGGACGGCAACACGACGACGAGCACCCUGACUUUCGUACCGAGCAUAGAGGACGCCGGGAAGUUCUUGUCCUGCAAAGGAAGCGUACCCUCGAUUCCACACUCGACGAUAGAAGAUGGCUGGAAGCUCGAUAUACACCACACACCCGUGGUAACCUUGGAGCUUGGUAGCAACCUUAACGGAAGUCCGAUCCGCGAAGGCAUCGACGUCUACUUCGAGUGCAACAUCAAGUCGAAUCCAUGGGUCUACAAGGUAUCCUGGCGACACAACGGUAAUCCGUUGUACCACAACGCGGCCGCUGGUACAAUCGUUAGCAACCAGAGCUUGGUGCUUCAAAGUGUGACGCGGAGCCGAACCGGAAUAUACACGUGCGUCGGUAGCAAUCGCGAGGGUGACGGGGAGAGCAACGCCCUCAAUCUGGACAUAAAGUUCGCUCCGGUAUGCAGACCUGGUCAAACCAAGGUCUACGGAGUCGCGCGUCAGGAGACCGUCAGGAUACGCUGCGAACUCGAGGCGAACCCCGCCAACGUCUCGUUCACGUGGAGGUUCAACAGCAGCGCCGAAGCCGUCGACAUCGCCCAGGCUCACGUAACCUCGGAUCGGGCCCAAUCGGUAGUUUCCUACACCCCGAUGACCGAGUCCGAUUACGGAAGCCUCGUUUGCUUGGGUGUAAACGAUCAGGGGGCCCAAUUGGAGCCAUGCGUAUACACCAUCGUUCCUGCCGGUCAUCCGGACAAUCCGCACAACUGUUCGGUCCUCAAUCAGACCACCGACUCCCUUCACGUCGAGUGUACCGAGGGAUUUGACGGGGGUCUUCCCCAGGAGUUCACCCUCGAAAUAGACAUCGAGACAGGCAACGAACUGGCCAAGGCCGGAUCCCUCGUCUACAACUCGACGAGCAAGGUGCCGAUGUUCUCCGUCAAUGGUCUCGACCCCGGAACGACCUACCACGUCACCGUCUUCGCGAGCAACUCCAAGGGACGCAGUGAGCCCGUCCGUUUGAAGACGACGACCCUGAACCUCCCCGAACGUCGGACUGCAGGUGAACGGCUGACGCGUCCCCCGUCUCCGGAGAACUGCACGAUCCGGGAAGAGAGUCGAACGAUGGUGAGGGUGAGCUGCGCAGAGAGCGAGUACUUCGCCCCGAACACGGCGACGUACGUCCUCCAGGUCUUCGACGCCGGUUCGCGACGACUCCUGGCAUCGGCGACGAGUCUGACCCCCAGCAUCCUCGAGGUGACGGAUCUCCCGGCGGAACGAAGCCAAUUGGGCCUCGUCCUCUCCCUAAGGAUCAUGACGGCCCACGCGACCAGCGACGCAACCGUUCUCCACAGCCAGCACUUCGUCCAGGAGGGCGAGACCCUGGAGCACCAGCGAUACCCAGCUCUGACGCCCGUGAUGCUGUCUCUGUCGGGUCCGCUGCUGGGUGCCGUCGUUGGCGCAGCUGCCGGUCUGCUCCUGGUCAUCUUCGUGAUAGUCCUUGCCGUCCGUUUGCGGUACCGCCCCCGCCCCCAGGACGACAAGGACUCGCACGACGACGGAGGGAUGGCGAACCUUGCCGCCCCGAACGAGAAGACGUCGAGCCUGCCGGCCAACGCGGACAGCAUAGAGAGCUUCGAGAAGAACCCCGACAUCAUACCCCACGCCAACGAAAACUCGUACGCCGAGCUCUGCAAGGGCGCGUCGCCCCGUUUUAUCCUGCCGCAGUCUCGCCAGCUUCAGGAUCAGUCGUCCUUCGGGCCGAAUGGGAACAACGUAAGUUGUUACCGUGAUAUUACCGGCGCAUCCCCAGCUCGGGUGCGGCAGAAAGAUGUUAAAAAAUGCCUAACGAACGCUUCGACGCCCUUGAUGCCGCAGAGUAUCGAGCUCACCUACGCCGAGUUGUCGCUCCAGAGGGGCGGCAGACGGGUUCCCCCAAAUUGCUACCAGCCGGUUCCUGUCGCUGGUGUUCAGCGUCCUCAGCUUCUGCCUAUGUCCACAUUGACGCGUCGCCAGCAGCCCCAGGAUCCGACGAUUUACGCACAGGUUGCGACCGGGAAGUCUGUUUACAUUCCGCCACCUCAUCCCUAUCUGACCAGGGGCGUCGACGAGACCACGGCGGAAACUCCUCUUAUCGGUCGUGAGAACAAGAUAACAACGAUCACAGAAUCAGCGAAUUCGUUAUGGCGUUCGGCCACACCACCAACAUCAAUGGCGCCGGCCACGUGACUCUAUAAGACGGAGCUGUAAAUUAAUAAAUCGAAAAUCGGGUCUGUCGCGAGGCAAUCAUCAUAGUCAUGUAGCUGCGGACGCGGAUGUGAGCGGCAAUGAUUACGUUAAAUAUUGUACAACGGUGAGAAAUUUGUCCGAAUGUAACGGAUCAACCGUACCGAAAAAUCUGCUGAACCUCGCGGUAAUAUUUUCAUGAAUGUGUAAAAGGAAAAGCGAACAAGGAAAUAGGAUACAAAACUCAAGCGAAGGGGAUCCCCCGGAACGCGGAAACGUGACGAGUUCGACGACAAGAGAGGGUGAAACGAGUGUAACAUGAAACUCGAGCGGCGCCCGGUAAAUAAAAGAAGGAUCUUCGCCGUAAGGAACAACCGAAUUUCUUUCCCGUCUCACCGACUAUCCGAGAAUCGAUAAAUUCUACUCAUAUCGAGAUCUCGAUAUAGGUAUAAGUGGCUUUUACCCGGUCGACAGCCUUCAGCCUUUUUCCUUUCGAUUCCACUUUGCAGAGGAUGAUUUUUCACCCCCUUCAUCUCUAUCGACUCUUGGACGAUCCUUGUCUUCCGCACCAUACGACACUGGACAGCGGAAAAAUUUCAAGAGAGCAUCGAAGACUCGUUGACGGUUUAAAAAGAAAUCUGUAAUCCAUAGAAAUGCAUCAGUCAUCGUCGACGAUUUCGAAUUAUUUUUUCGCAGUAUUUUCCACGGGACUGCAAUUGGCUUCGGACCGUAAAGGGGCUCGGAAUUAUUGAAACGAAUAACAGGAUAUGUUGUGACAUUAAAGCCGUAGACCACCAGCUGUAAACUCGAAACCAAAAAUGUGACGAAGAUAUUCUCCGGACCCUAAGUAAUUCGAUUUACUUGAUCCGUUUGAGUACACAUGCGGAUGUUAAUCAAGCUGCUCAACCCCGAUGACUUUGGGCUGAAAUAAAAUUCCGUCUCUCGUCUGUAACCCGGCGAAAUAACGAUACAGGCACGAUAUCUGCGUACCUACGUUACGGUCUGUUCACCUGAUUUUUAUCAGCCCUGUAUAAUAAUCGCAGAUGGACGAUAAUACACGUCAUGUGCAGUGCAGUGUCAGUUUUUCGCUGUAUAGAAUUGAUAAAAAUAAGUAGGGGAAAGACAAAAACGGUAAAAAAGAUUAAAAUUAAAAAUAAUGUUUAACAAUAAUGCAGUGUUUGUAUGAGAUAAUCAGGGUGUAGGUUUAAGGUGUAAAGUCGGAGGAGAUGAAAAAUUGUGUUUCUUUACGAACGGUGUGCGGGAUAAAAGCGUAGCUGACAAAAGGGAAGGGAUAAAGUUAACAAUAAUAAUAAUGAUAAUAAUAAUAAUAGUAAUCAUAAUAAUAACAAUGAUUGACAAUGGGAGAAAAGGCGAAUCUGGGUCGACUGCCUUGAGAAAUAAACUGAAUAAAGACCGAAGAGAAGUUUAAAAAAAAGGAGAAAUAUAUAAUAUAGAACGUAUAGCUAUAAUAUAAGUUUAGGGGUACACGGAAGGUUUUUACGCUAGGACAAAUGAUAAAAAGAUUUGGUAAUUUGUCUGACAUUAUAGUUGGUUCAUACAUACGUGUAUAACACAUAGGUAUAAUGGUAUAUAUAUAUAUAUAUAAAAUAUUCAUGUACGUAUAUAAUAUUAUAACAAAUAGAAAAAGACUCCCGUCAAGUUAUAGUUAUAUUAAACAACGUGUUAGGCGACGAGUCGGACGUAAAUAUAAAGUAAAGUUUAAUUUUCAACAGCGGUUUUCAAAUAACGUACAAUACAUAAUUAUUACAUUACAUUGUACGUAUAUACUAUAGGUAAAUGAUGAGGAUAAAAAGAGAGCGAAGAGUAUUGUGUAACAUAGAGGGAGAGAAAUUAAUAGUAACAACAACAACAACAACAACAACAAUAAUAAUAAUAAUAAUAAUAAUAAUGAUAAUAAUAAUAACUGUGCUCAAAAAGUUUCAAUAAAAUACAAUUUUGCCUAUGCUAAAGAGAAAAGAAGGAAAAACAAGAAGAUUAACAGAGAAAGGUGAGAA